CCUAUACUACCACUCUACACUACAAUACGUUAGUUUCAACGUUUUCUCAAAUAAGUUCGCGUAGUGUGUCGAGUAUGGCCGAUAAUCCUCGUGUGACAGUGAACGAAGGGGUGCUUCAAGGGAAUGUUAAAAAUGAUUAUCAAGGAAAUAAAUAUUACAGUUUUCAAGGAAUUCCCUAUGGCGAAGCCCCAAUUGGCGAAUUAAGGUUUAAGGCUCCAAAACCAGCGAAGCCCUGGGAAGGAAUCCGCGAUGCAACUAAAGAGGGAUCAGAGUGCUACUCCAGGCAUAUGAUAUUUAAAAACAUAAUCGGAGCAGAGGAUUGUCUCUAUCUUAACGUUUUCACGCCCAAACUUCCCGCUGAGGAUCCGAAUUUGAAACCCGUAAUGGUUUGGAUACACGGAGGCGGCUUUACACUAGGUUCCGGAAGUAGUGAACUGUACGGCCCUGAUUUUUUAAUAACCGAAUCUGUUGUGCUCGUUACAAUUAAUUAUAGGCUGGGUAUAUUAGGGUUUUUAAGCAUUGACGAUCCCGAUCUUGAAGCUACCGGUAAUGCUGGACUGAAAGAUCAAAUUAUGGCUUUGAGGUGGGUGCAAAGUAAUAUAUCCAAGUUCGGUGGAGAUCCAAAUAAUGUUACGAUCUUCGGGGAAAGUGCGGGCGCCGCUUCUAUUCACUAUAUGAUUUUGUCUCCAAUGGGAAAAGGUCUAUUUCACAAAGCUAUUUUGCAAAGCUCCAGCGCAUUUUGCUGCUGGGCAAAGGGAUCACCCUCACUUCCACUAGUAACAAAAGCCCUAAAUUUAGAAACGACCAACGCUAAGGAAGUGCUGGAUAUCCUUCAGAAGAUGCCAGUGGACCAACUAUUGGAGUUGCAAGAGAAACUCCCAGAUCUAUUCACCGCUGACUUUGUUCGUCCAUUUGGACCGAUUGUCGAAAACCCCCUGGCAAAGAAUGCGUUCUUGACAAGAGAACCGUUAGAUGUUAUACUUUCUGGAAAUUACCAUCACGUUCCCAUAAUGAUCGGCUUCAAUUCUAGGGAAGGAAUAAUAUCUGAGAUAGACUCUAAAAGAAAACAUGGCGAGUUAAGAUUUCUUACUGAUUUCGGUACGACGAUACCCCACGUUAUGAAACUGGAAAAAAAUAGUAACUUGUCGAAAAUUGUGUCUGAGAAAAUAAAGAACUUUUAUUACGGAAGCGGGGGACCUACUCAUGAGAAUGUGGACCAAUUUUAUCUGAUGGAAGGUGAUAAUCUUUUUGUGUGGGCUAUAUACAUUGCAGUUAAACACCAUAGUCUAACAGCCCGUGAACCCAUCUAUUUAUACCGUCUGACUGUAGAUUCCUCAUUAAAUGUGUAUAAAAGAUUUGCCCAAGCCAAUGCUCCAGGAGUUUGCCACGGAGACGAUUUGGGUUACCUGUUCACAAAUGCACUAACGCCUUCGAUCAUACCAAACAGUGUAGAAGACUUAUCCGUGAGAAGGAUUAAGAAACUUUGGACCACCUUUGCAAGAACGGGCAAUCCCAAUCCCGCCAUUAAAGACGAUCUUAUUGCAGUUGAUUGGAAACCCGUUGAACCUGAGAAGUUUCAUUUCUUGGAGAUUGGAGAUAACCUGACUGUUGGCGUUAAUCCUGAAUGUGAACGAAUGAAAUUUUGGCAAUCUUUAUUUUUAUUAAGUCCCCAUUCGAGUAAGCUGUAAAUUGAAAUAUAACAUACUCAAGUCUAAAUGUAAAUUUCAGGGCCAAUUGCACCGUCAAAAUUAAGUAUCCCUUAAAGUUAAGCAUAACUUAAAUACCAUAGUAACGAUUGUCUUAAUAAUCGUUGCCAUAGAUUUUAAGUUCGACUUAACUUUUAGCAAGGCUUAAUUUUGUUGGUGCAACUGGAGCUCAAUUUCCUAAUUAUCAUUUUGAAAAAGUUUUUACCUUGUCAAACGUAACAUGACCACCAAAACGAUACGUUAACUUCUCAAUUCCAUCGAUGGGCAUAAGUUCACCAUAUGCUGCUACUGUGAAAACUAUCCCGACGGUGACACUCAACGUAACCAUUGAUGGCAUACAGAAUCUGCAUUUUAUCAUUAAACACUAUCCAAAUAUG